CUUGAGAGAAACCAAAGGCAGCCCACCUUCUCUUCUUCAAAAACGCACCCUAUUCUUCCCUAUUUGCAUCGCAUUUGUUCUUGAAUCUCUCGGUAUUCCCAGAGCCCCCAGCUCUGAGAGAGAAAGAAAGAAAGAGAGAGAGAAAAAAAAAGGAAAAAAAAGAGAAUAAUGUUCCAACACCCACACCAACACCACAAGAAGCCAUCAACUAUGAAUUCUCAUGACAGACCCAUGUGUGUCCAAGGGGACUCUGGUCUUGUCCUCACCACUGACCCUAAGCCCCGCCUCCGAUGGACCGUCGAGCUCCAUGAACGUUUUGUUGAUGCUGUCACUCAGCUUGGAGGACCAGACAAGGCCACACCCAAGACUAUCAUGAGGGUUAUGGGUGUGAAGGGUCUUACACUUUACCACCUCAAGAGCCACCUCCAGAAAUUUAGGCUCGGAAAGCAACCUCACAAGGAAUUCAAUGAUCACUCGCUUAAGGAUCAUGCAGCAUCUCCACUGGAUAUUCACCGAAAUAGUGCAUCUUCUUCUGCCAUGAUCGGCCGCAGUAUGAAUGAGAUGCAAAUGGAGGUGCAGAGAAGACUGCAUGAACAAUUGGAGGUCCAGAAACACCUGCAGUUGAGAAUUGAGGCUCAGGGAAAGUACAUGCAAAGCAUAUUAGAAAAGGCCUAUCAAACCCUUGCUGGUGAGAACAACAUGGCAGCUGCAGCGGGAAGCUACAAGGGUAACAUUGGAAAUCAAGGUGUCAAUCCUGCUGACAUGGGAGCUCUGAAAGAUUUCAACUCUCCUCUCAAUUUUCCAUCAUUUCAAGACCUUAACAUAUAUGGAGGAGACCACCUUGAUCUUCAACAGAACUUGGACAGGCCACCUCUUGAUCACAGUUUCAUGCCAAGCAAUGACAAUAGCAUUUGCUUGGGACCCAAGAAGAGGCCUAGUCCUUAUAGUGGUAGUGGCAAGAGCCCUUUGAUUUGGUCUGAUGAUCUCCGGCUUCAAGAUUUGGGAACAGCUGCAUCAUGUCUUGGACCUCAGGAUGAUCCCUUCAAAACGUCAGAUUCAAUUCAGAUUGCACCACCGUCCAUUGAGAGAGGCUCGGAGAUGGAUUCCAUUUCAGACAUCUACGAAUCCAAGCCAAUGAUCCAAGGAGAAGACAAGAAGUUUGACUCGGCAAAUAAACUCGAAAGGCCUUCACCACGGCGAACACCACUAGGCUCGGAUAGGAUGAACCCCAUGAUCAACACCGGUGUUCGACAAGGAAGAAAUUCACCAUUUGGGUGAGCUAAAUAUUAAUUGAUAUUAAGAUUUGAAGAAUGAGAUCGAUCUAGGGUUUUGAUCAUGAUCAUGAAGGUUUUUUUUUUUUGGUCCUUUUUUUUUUUUGGUCUUGUCAGAGUGGUCACGAAGGUGAGUAGGUCACAUUAGGGUUCUACUAAAGUAAAGUAUGAUAAAAUGCCAUGCAUGGCAAACCUUUAAAGUUACAUUGUUAAUUUUAUCAGUACAUUUGUAACUUAGUGUGAUAUCCUUGUAACUCCUUGAUACUUGAUUUCCAGAUUUCCAUGGAUGUCAUGGAAAAUUGAUCUAGACAUGAAUAAAACUAUGACUAGCAAGGUGCAAUAUCCCA